ACAAGUUCUUCGAAGUGGAGAUGACCGUCCAUGACAACGAUCUUGACCAAUAUGGAGUCGUUAACAACGCAAUUUAUGUUGCUUACAUCCAUAAUGUUCGAGAGGAGAUGGCUGCAAGCAUUGGCUUCGGCAUGGCCUCCAUAGCACGCACCGGCAAUGCGAUGGCACUCUUGGAACUGAAUCUCAAGUACUUCAAGCCUCUACUGCGAGGUGCCAAAUUUGUCGUGAAGGUGAGGCUUGUCCAGAUAAAGGGUGCGAGGAUAUUUGUUGAUCACUUCAUCGAGACACUACCGGAUCAUGAGCUUGUUUUGGAAGCGACGGCGACCGUCAUCUGCCUCAACAAGGACUACCGUCCGACCCGCGUCUUCCCGGAGAUGUCGUCCAGGCUUCAACAAUUCUUCUCGUCCCAUGAUGGCUAGCAUGAGGAUCAGUUUACGAGCUAUACAGUAUUGUAGUUUGUUUCAUGUGCAUUCUAUUGUAGUUACAAGAUGCUCAUCCUUCUAGAUGCUGGUUCAAGAUGACUGAAACAUCAACUAAAAUUCUAGAGGAGCCAUGAAGCUUGAAGAAUGGAGCAACGCAAAAGUUCAAGAUCGCUGAAACAUCAACUCAGUCAUCGCUAGGUCCAAUAAAAGGAAGUCAGGCACAAACGUUCAGUUAUUAUUAUUCAAAAAUAAUAAUGAAAAAUGGCAAUACUUUGUAUGUUGAUUUUGUCAAGAUGAAAAAU